UCUCCAAGCGUUCCUCGCUCGGCGCCCCGAACUACCUCCAACAGCAGUCUGCAGAAGUUGACCUAGUCACGGCACACCAGACGCGCGACUUCAACGCCUCAGCGUUCAUUCUCGACGAUGCGAGCUCACAGACUGCAAGCUCGAGAUGACGGGGUCGACUGUACCAGCGGCACCGGCGCCCACAGCUACACCGGCCUCCGGAUCGCCUCGGUCUUCAUCAUCCUCGCCACGUCCCUCUUCGGUGCUCUAUUCCCUGUCCUCGCUCGUCGACAUAGGAUCCUCGGGCUGUACAUUCCAGAGACCGCCUUCAAGGUCGCCAAGUACUUUGGCAGCGGUGUCAUCAUCGCAACAGCCUUCAUCCACCUCCUCGACCCCGCGACACAAGAGCUCACCUCUCCCUGCCUGUCCCCCGCAUGGCAAGAAUACCCCUACGCGAUGGCGAUCUGCCUCGGCAGCAUCUUCAUGAUCUUCAUCGUCGAGCUCGUCGCCUUCCGGUGGGGCACCGCCGUGCUCGCGAGGGUGGGGCUCGAGCACGACGCCCACGGCCACGGCCUCGCCACAGGCUCGCACUCUGCGCACGGCCCGGAAGUGCGGCCAGCCGGCGCAGCGGGCGCCGUCGCCCCCAACAAGCUCGAGUACGUUGACGUUGAGGACGCCCGCGGCGACGACCAUACAUUGGGCGACCCCGAGAAGGCGUCCGAGAAGCACGCCGCGCACGAACACACCCAUGAACAUGGCAUGCACGGCGUUCUCUCCGACUCGGCCAUCGCGCAGAUCAUCGGAAUCGCGAUCCUCGAGUUCGGCGUGCUGCUGCACAGUGUGUUCGUCGGCCUGACCCUUGCCGUCGACGAGGAAUUCAAGGUCCUCUUCAUCGUCAUCAUCUUCCACCAGACGUUCGAGGGGCUCGGGGUCGGCUCGCGGCUCGCGUACAUGGAGCUGCCCAAGAAGUACGCCUACGUGCCCGUCGUCGGCGCGGUCCUCUUCGGGAUCACGACGCCCAUCGGGAUCGCCGCGGGCCUCGGCGUGCGCUCGACGUACAACCCCGGCAGCGCGACCGCGAGCAUCGUCUCGGGCGUGCUCGACGCGUUCAGCGCGGGCAUCCUCAUCUACACCGCUCUCGUUGAGCUCCUGGCGCAUGAGUUUAUCUUCAACAAGGAGAUGAUCGAGGGGGACAACAAGCAGCUCGUCUUCGCGAUCGGGUGCAUGAUGCUCGGCGCGGGCCUCAUGGCGCUCCUCGGCAAGUGGGCGUAGGCUACUAUUGGGCUACUAGGCCCCGCUCUCAUAGUUCCCACGACCUGCGCCCGUUUUGGGGUCCACCGUCCACGACGCUCGCCGGGACGAGUCCAGAAAUGUGCACCAUGCAGAGUUCGCCCUUACCU